AUGUCUUUACGUAGUACUGCCACUGCUCGAUCGACGAUGCACAUCGUCGUCAUUGGCUCAGGCAUUGCUGGUCUCUCUGCUGCAGCGAUCCUCCGAAAAUACCCCCAAUUCAGCAUUACUGUUUACGAGCGCCGAGACGCAGACUUUAAGGAAUCUUCAGCAGCGUUAGGCAUCCGUGCUAAUGGUAUCUCCGUCCUGAAAGAGAUCGGUAUUUGCAGGGAAGAGAUACGUGCCGUAGUGGGGGCUGGAUAUCGAACGUACAACCUCAAAGAGGAAGAAAUGAGCAAGUCUCUUGUCGGAGAUGGGCCUGACGGUGAUGGUGCUCUGUGGUUUGUUUUCAGGCAGGAUUUGAAAGACGCGUUAUUGCACAGAGUGACGAGAGAAGACGGUGAAGGCAGUCCCGUCAAGGUGCUGUACGGUACUCAUGUUGUUUCUGUCGAGCCCAGGACUGGAGUGGUGGAGUUCGCUGACAGGAUGUCUGUCCAAGCAGACUUGAUUAUUGGUGCGGACGGGAUCCACUCGAGAGUUCGCAGCUCGGUGAUUCCGGCUUCGCAUCCAGCGCCCACCCCAUGUGGCCUGUCCGUAUAUCGCUUCAUUCUGCCGAUGGACGACAUCAGGGAUGCCAUUGGGGCCGACCAUGGAAUGCCAGCAAUGUACAACUACGACGAGGGAACUUUUGUAGCCAUCAUUGCUGCAGGCGACGUCGAAAACCGAAAUGUGGUCAUGUAUCCUUGCCGUGAGCAUCAGCAGAUGAACUUGGCCUGCGCAAUCGCAGACUCAAGUCUCAAAAAUCCAGCCCAGCUCGAGUACUCCUGGAAUGCGAGGGGAUCUGUAAAAGAAAUGGUCGAGAGCAUCGAAGGAUUUCCCCAAUGGCUACAGCGCGUAUUCAGUCGCACGCCACAAGCACAACUGUUUCAAGUCCGCGACCAGGAGCCGCUCCCCACGUAUGCCCUGGGCCGAACCGUGCUGAUCGGAGAUGCCGCACACGCCAUGGUACCUUAUCAAGGCCAAGGAGCCAACCAGGCUCUCGAAGAUGUCGAAGGCUUGGACGUGCUUCUUGCGGAAGUGGCCGACGCUGAUGUUAUUCCCGGUCUCCUGCAGGUAUGGGACAGCAUUCGGCGACCGCGUGCGUCAGAGAUCCAAAGAGGCUCGCGCGCGUCGCAGGCCAACAUUGCGUCGAAGACUGCGAGCGCAUCCAUCCUAUCAGUCAGGCCACACGUUGGUAUGAAGGAAGCGCUGGCGCAGUUGCAGACGCGUUAG